AUGUGGACCAAAUACUAUGUGCACUGUCGGCAACUUGAGACGCUACUGCGCCGACGCGGCCACCGGACAAGCCUCAGCGUUCUGAGCCAAUGGCGCUACGAGGUGCUCUACGGCGACCCGACCGCUAUCAUCCUCGUGCACCCCGGCGUCGCCACAGCCUUCUUCUUGGAUUGUUGGUUUAGCGUCGAGAUCAUCUCGCUUGUCAUUGCCCGCGCGUCGCAGAGUGCCGAUGUCGGCGUGAUGCUCUUGGCCUUCGCCUACCUCUCUCGAACCGUCUGGUUUGCCUACGCUAGCGUGUGUUUGACUGCGAGUUUUCUCAAGCGACGCCACAAGGAGCACUUGUUUCACGAAGUGGACCCGACCAUCGUUGCGGUGGCAGCGGCGUGUUACGGGCCCGCCGUGACGUGGGCCAUGGGCAACGUCGGACCUCUUCUGGGCGCGUACCACUACCUCUUUGAGUUUACCCUUUCGGCGUCCAGAAGAGAAUACGUUCUUGAAGGAUCUGUCCCGUCCAUGCUCUAUUCAGUCAGUAUUGGGUUCAUUCCGCUCGCCUAUGGCUUUGUGGGCGCGUUCUGUCGCCGCCACCGUACACGUCAGUUGCUCGUUCAUCUUCUUCGACCUCUUCACUCCUACUGCUGA